AUGUGGCUGAAUCACGAUACUGGCAAAACUAUCUUAGCUAGUAUUCAUCUCAACUUCGAUGAGCUCCAGGAUCCGGGCUCGAAAUGCGCGGCGCCUGGCCGGCCUUAUAUGAUGGAAGACGGGCAGGACGUUGGAACGGCGAGGACCAGUAGUUUCGAAAAUGCGGGGAGUCGGGAUAGGCUUAAGAUUUUGAGAUGCCAAGGCCGUGGCCCAGAACGGAAUAUUCACCGCGGGGUCGUUGUGGAGGCCGGAUUCCGCGUCAGAGUCUACGAGCGGUACCCCUACGCCCGCCCCGCCGGCAACAUCCUCAACCUCUGGCCGCCGCCCAUCCACGCCCUGCAGAGCAUGGGCGUCGACAUCAAGGAUAUCGGCGCCCCGUGCACCACCACCUUUCGCAACGCCAAGGGCCACAUCCGCGCCGACGUCCAGCUCCCGGACAGUUUCCCCAAUUUCGACGGCGGCGGCUUCGUCGGCCUCCUCCGGCCCGACCUGUACUCGCGCAUGCUGGAGGCGAUUCCCGCCGACGUCAUCGAGUUUGACAGGCAGGUUGUCGGCAUCGAGGACCGCGGCGACCAUGUUCGCCUCACGUUUGCCGACGGCAAGACCGUCACCGCCGGCGUCUUGCGGAGCCACCACCUGCAAAUUAUCGGAGGCUUCACGUUUGCCGACGUGCCCGAGGCCGCGGUCAACGAGUGCGUGCUCAUGCACAACGACAAGGUGCAGGGUACCUACUCGAGCAUCCUGAGUAAAGGGAGGAAAGGUCACCAGUGGUGGAUCCUGCAGGCCUGGACCGACGGCAAGGAGGCGCCCAAGGACCUGCGCGCGCACGCUCUCGACAUGGCGAAGGAUUUCACCGGGCCCCUCAAGGAUCUCGUGGCCGCGACGUCCGUAGACAACUACCAGACCUGGCCCAUCAGGGACAGGGUGCCCCUGAAGAAGUGGUCCAAGGGCAGGAUCACCCUCGCCGGCGACGCCGCGCACGCCACGUCCCCGUACGCCGCCUACGGUGCCGGCAUGUCCAUCUGCGACGGCUACUUUAUCGGUCAGAGUCUGCAUCGCGUCAACCUCGCCGACACCGCGGCCGUGGCCAAGGCGCUAGAAAAGUACGAGGGCUUUCAGAUAGAGCAUACCACGGAGCAGGUUAACGGUGCCUAUUUCCUGGGCCGGCUAUUCCACCACAUUCCUUUCCCUCUCACAUUCCUCCGGGACCUGUUCCUCGACAAUACAAGUUUCUUGCAGAAGCAGGUUGGGGAGAAGAACCCCGGGAUAUCGUUAAGCAGAUGGAGGUCAUGGGGCCUGGGAUAA